CGCGAAGCUUUUUAUUUAUGUAAACAAUUGAUAAAUGUUUCAAGAAUUUAUUUAAUACAAAUCUAUCCUAUGUUUAGAAAUAUAUAGUUGAUUUUAUAAUAGUUAUUUUCAAAAGUUUAUUGAAAGUCCGGAAAUAUUUCAUAUUGUAUCCGUAUUGACUUUAAAUAUUAUAAUGUCCAGGGGAGAUAAUUUGUAAUUUUUAUUUGCCGGGAGAAAUGUCUUUUGUUGAUAAAAGCAAUGAUUAUAGAGUUUUAUCGAAAGCUAAAUAACAAAGACAUGAAACCUUAUUUUCUACUUCAUUAUUCUGCGCUAAAAGUCAUCAGAUGCAGCAGAAAAGUCAGUACGACAUUUGGUGGAGUGACUGAAAGAUCCAAAGCUAGUCCCAAAACAAGAAAGAAAAUAAAAUCAGCAACAUACAAAUGCCAGCACCACUGAAUAGCUACCUUCUCCGCAGUCAGGAUACAAUAAGACCAGAAGCAAGAGUGCAUCAACAAGCAACUGAGACAACAGCUUCAACGUCAACAGCUUCAACUUCAACAGCCCCUACAACAUCAACAGUACCUGUCCUAUCAACAGAUACCACAACAACAACAUCAACAGUAUCAACUGCAUCAGCAGCAUCAACAGUAUCAACUGCAUCAACAGCAUCAACAGCAUCAACACCAUCAACACCUGCAGUAGUUCAAGUAAUUAGAGAAGUAAGUGUUAACAUGCCAUCAGGAAUCAACCUAAAUAAUUAUGAUGGAAAAUCAUCCGCAGCACAAUGGUGGGGAUAUUUUAUCCGUUGGACACUCAUUCAAAAAAUGUGCGAACAACAACAAUGCAAUUCCUUUCCAUUCUUUAUGGCAGAUGGUAUACCAAAACAAUGGUUUGCUACACUUUCAGAAACUGUUCAAAAUUCAUUACAACUAUUAAAGGAUGAAUUUUUUAAACGUUUUGAAAAAUCCCAAGGACUUUUUGAUGUAAAUAUACUUCAGUUAAAACAAGGUUUAAACGAACGAGUUGAUGAGUUUAUGGCAAGAUUACAGGGAAAAACUAUAGGACAGGACAUUCCUGACAACAUUAAGAUAGGUAUUGCCAUACAAGGUUUCAGAGGGGAGAUAGGGAAAACAGUGCAUAACACUUUCCCAAAGCCAACUACAUUGGAACAAUUAAGGGCAAUCGCAGAAAAUGCAGAAAAAUCUGAACAACUUGUUCCAGCAUCGUCCAUCACUGCUGAUACAAUAGCAGCAAUACUGGAAGCCAAGAUGCAGGAACCAUUGGAGGAGAUAAGAAGAUUGCAUACAUUGAUUAACAUGGCAAGACCAAACCAGCCUCAACAGAACAAAAACAGGUACAACAAACCAAGACAGAACUACAGACAAGGAACUGGUAACCAACAACAACAUGCUUUUUUACCCCAACAACAAUACAUUCCACAACAGCCAGUGUAUAAUGGACAACAGUACAACCAACCAAUGCCAGCAGCAGUACAAAAUCCAUAUCACCAGCAGCAACAACAACAACAAGAUGAUAAAUCAUGUCAAAAUUGUGAUAAUGAUCAAGUUGCAGAAAAUGAGAGUUCAGAUUCAGAAACUAACAGUGAUAAUGGAGAUGAACCGAACAAUGUUAUUGAUGAUACGUUUCAUGAGGUUGAGAAACUACUAAAUAACAGGAAUACAAGAGAAAUUUGA